UGGUCCAUAGGCUGGGCCAGUCGUUCACAGAUAUUAGCUGAGAGCUGGCUGAAUGAGUGGUGAUGACACCAAUUUAACCUGCUCAUAGAGCUGGCCUACCUGCAGAAAUUAAUAAUCACCUCGCCUGCCACCUCGCCAUUUGUGUACCUUGAAACUGGAGGGUGGAGCCCAAGAGAUGCCCAUAGGGUGGAUAAUUUUGACAUGGGUAAGUGCUUGUGUUCUGGGAAGUUCAGGAAUAACAGGGUGGGAUCUCUUUCAGCACUCCCAGGGAGAAAAGCAACCAUGGCUAAAGGUGAGACCUGGGUGAGAGCAACCAUGGCCAAAGGAAGCUUUUUGCACUCCACCACCUCUGGCCGCUGGGAAGACGUCAUCGCUUCCGCCCUACUUCCUCCUCCUGUUGGCGGCGGUGAGAAUCCAAUAUGGAGUAAAUCGGUGGAGUCGAGAGAUGGGGCUCGGACGGGGCGCCCUGCACCGCCUCCCAGGCGCACCUCCCCCGGCCGCCGACCGCUCCCCGGAACCGUGAUUGGCCCGGCCCCCCGGGGGCGACCCCGGACCGAGUCCCCCCACCCGCGGCCGGCGCUCUCCUCCUCCUCGCAGCAGUCCCCGCCGCUCCAAGGCGCGCUUGUUUUUCUCCUGCUCUCCCCCACCGCCGUCCCCUUCCCAAAUCUCGCCCCCUUUGCCCGCUCCCGAGCCCCCGGAGCCUCCGCCCGCCUCUCCCCACGGAGCUGCGGCGUUCACUCCCCUUGCAGCCUGCCUUUGCACCCCUUCCCCCAAACCUCACCCCGCUCCCUGCUUCCCCUUCUGCUGCGGCGCCCCCAUCUCUAGCCGCCCCCCCUCCCCAAAUCAGGCGAUCUCCGGAGAUGUGAAGAAGGGGGGCGAGCGGACAGGAAGAUGAAGGGAGCAAAGCUGCCCGCCGCGGGAC